AUACUCGUGGCCGAAUUUCGCUCAAAUGUGUUUGAUUAGGUCUUCUUGUAGCUCAAUGUGAGCUCGGGUAUCGCGCAUUGUGUUCCUUGUUUCGAUCCUCUCGCCCACUGUCAUAUGCACACCUUGGCGUGGGGGAGACAUCGCGGUUGAGCUUCCGGCUCCAUCCUCGUCGUAAAAGCUAGCCGUCAUCGGUCAUUCGACAGCUAUAAUCAUGUUGUGCAAGAUAAUACACGUCAGCUAUUAUUUUCAAUUUUUAAAAAUAAAAAAUAAAAAAUAAAAAAUGAAUUUCCAACGAAAAUGUUGUUGGUCAAUCAGAACGCGCCACGUCAACUGCUCGCUGACACGGACGUGCUCGAUACAUCGAGCAGCGGCGCACCAACGGCGAGCAGACGGUGCCGCGCCGCUGGUACGGACGGACGGGUGUCCAUUCACCGCGGCGAUGCUCUUAGAGUGUCCACUAUGGCAUGGACGCGGCUAUAGCCGCGUCCACGGCGGGCGGCGGGCGGGUUAUAGUGGAGGGCGCGGGCGGACGGCGAAAUCGGGGCGGUAGGGGGGCGGACGCGGGAUAGCCGCGUUCGGGGCGAGCCCGCGGCUGGGGUGAAUGGAGGAAGAAUGGGUGGGGCGAUGGCCGCGGCGCCCUAUAGUGUGGAAACGGGGCGGAUGCGGGCGCCGCGGCGGUGGGGCGGCUGUGUGAGAAGGGGAGGCGGCGCGGCGGGCGGAUGCGGCGCCAUAGUGGACACCCUUAUGUGUCUGUACGUGUAUGUAUGUUGAGUCCCGGAACAAUGAAAAUCCCCUUCCACCCAAUCCCACCCAAUCCCACGAGAAACUUCUCUCUGUUCUCUCAUAAAAACCUCCAUCUCACUCCAUUCCCCAUUCUUGUCCCUAUUUCACAAUUCAUACAACUCUCACUCCAUUGAACAUCAAAUGGAACUCCUCCUCAUCUCCUCCCUUCUCUUCCUCUCCCUCAAAAUCCACCCUUGCCUCUCCUCUCCACUCCUCCUCCCCCUCUCCCACUCCCUCUCCCCCUCCCUCUUCAACUCCACCCCUCACCUCCUCCACUCCACCUCCUCCCGCUCCGCCUCCCGCUUCCGCCACCGCCACCGUGUCUCCCUCCCCCUCUCCCCCGGCGCCGACUACACCCUCUCCUUCUCCCUCGGCCCCCACUCCAUCUCCCUCUACUUAGACACCGGAAGCGACGUCGUUUGGGUCCCCUGCCAUCCCUUCGACUGCAUCCUCUGCGACGGCAAAUUCUCCCCCUCCUCCAUCCCCUUCCCCUCCCCCCUCAACCUCUCCUCUGCCUCCCCCCUCCCCUGCAAUUCCCCCCUCUGCUCCUCCGCCCACAACUCCCUCCCCUCCCCCCACCUCUGCGCCAUCGCCAAUUGCCCCCUCGAAACCAUCGAAAUCGGCGACUGCCGCAAAUUCCCCUGCCCCUCCUUCUACUACGCCUACGGCGACGGCAGCCUCGUCGCCUCCCUCUACCGCGACACCCUCUCCUCCUCCCCCUCCUUCAAUCUCCCCAAUUUCACCUUCGGCUGCGCCCACUCCGCCCUCGCCGAGCCCAUCGGCGUCGCCGGAUUCGGCCGCGGCCGCCUCUCCUUCCCGGCGCAGCUCGCCCGCACUUCGCCGGAGAUCGCCAAUUACUUCUCCUAUUGCCUAAUUUCCCACUCCUUCCACGCCGAUCGCGUGCUGAAACCUAGCCCCCUAAUCCUAGGGCGGCACGAGAAGAAAAAGAAGAAGAGAUUGGAUUCCGAUUCUGAGGAUGGUGAGACGGAACAAGUUAUGUACAGUUACACACCGAUGCUGUACAAUCCGAAGCAUCCGUACUUUUACUGCAUCGGAUUGGAGGCGGUUUCGAUCGGAAACGUGAAAAUUCCGGCGCCGGAGAGUUUACGGCGGGUGGACCGGCGCGGCGACGGCGGGAUGGUGGUGGACUCGGGGACGACGUUCACGAUGCUGCCGCGGGGAUUCUACCGCGCGGUGGUGGGGGAGUUCGGGCGGGGCGUGCGCCACAGGCGCGCGCGGGGCGUGGAGGAGAGGACGGGGCUGAGCCCGUGCUACUACGGGGAAUCUUUUGCGGAUAUUCCGCGGGUGACGUGGCACUUCGGGAGGAAUGCGACGGUGGAGAUGCCGCGGGAGAAUUACUUCUACGAGUUCGUGGAUGGGGAGGCGGGGAAGAGGGUGGGGUGCGUGAUGGUGAUGGACGGCGGGGAGGAGGGAGGGGGGCCGGCGGGGCUGCUCGGGAACUACCAGCAGCAGGGGUUUGAGGUGGUGUAUGACUUGGAGGCGAAGCGCCUCGGCUUCGCCAAGCGCAAGUGCGCUUCUUUGUGGGAUUCGCUAAGUUAAACAGGUCGGGUGCGGGUUCAGGUUUAUAGGGAUGGGUGGCUGUGCAUGUAAUGAAAAAUUUGUAAAUUUGUAAAUUCCUAAACUAUGUAACUAUUGCUUUUCGAACUUGGUACAAUUCCAAUAUCUAUAGAUGAAACGAUUUUUCUCUAA